GCACACCGGAGGAAAAACCCCCGCAAUACUAAAGACUGCCAUCGUUGAAAUUUUCAAUCAACAACCGAUCUUCUCGUGGCUGCUUUCCCUUUAUCCGUAUCUAUCUUCGUAUCUAAUACCUUUUCCUUACUCUGCGAUUCAACAGAUCUUCUCGGUGAGUGGGUGUUGGCAUUAGGAUUUUCUGCGGCAGUAAAAUAUGGCCAAGAGCUCCUUCAAGAUUGAGCAUGAUUUUGAAAAGAGGAGUGCUGAGGCUGCCAGAAUUAGGGACAAGUAUCCAGAUAGAAUUCCAGUGAUUGUGGAAAAGGCGGAGAGAAGUGAUAUUCCUAACAUCGAUAAGAAGAAAUAUCUUGUUCCGGCCGACUUGACAGUAGGUCAAUUUGUCUAUGUUAUCCGAAAGAGAAUCAAACUAAGUGCAGAAAAAGCAAUCUUCAUAUUUGUGGACAACGUGCUUCCACCUACAGGAGCGAUAAUGUCAACCAUCUAUGAUGAAAAGAAAGAUGAAGAUGGGUUUCUCUAUGUCACGUACAGUGGGGAAAACACAUUUGGGUAGGCAGUUUAUGCUGCAGCUUGAGCUUACUACCAAGAUAUUAUCAUCAUUUUCAUAUAUAUAUAUAUCACUGCCUCAAGAUAUAUAAUGUUGCCCCGUCUGUAUAUGUAUAUAAUUUGUAUAUAGCUCUGCCACAGACUGCCGUGUCAGACUGAAAUAAUUCAAAUUUUAUUAAGUAUGAAUUCUUGCUUUAGAGCUUGAUUGAUUCCUUGCUUUA